CGUUUUUGAAAAAGUUGAGCAAUUUUUCAAUUUUUAUGUUCAAUUAGUUUAUUUGUUUACUUUUAAUUAUGGAUGAAGCAAGUUACCGGGUUGAUCUUAUUCAAUCUCGAUUUCAAAGUAAACUUCGUGGUCUUAAUCAAAGUGCUAAAUGGGCUUCAGAGUUGGUGAAUUCUUUGUCAUCUCCGAUCUCAUCAAAUGAUCUGUGUUUCAACAAUGAAGUUUUAUCUCAUUCUGAUUAUGUUAUGGCGAAAGAUUGUUUUGAUUUAGGUGAAUUUGAUAGAUGUGCUUUCUUUUGUCGUAAUUCAACAUCUCGGGAAGGAAGAUUUUUACACUAUUAUUCCCGUUACAUGGCCGCUGAAAAGAAGCGUUUGGAUAUGAUGGUUGACACUAAUCCACAUGCAACCAGCGCUCCUCAUGAUAACAUUACGUCGCUUUACAGUGAAAUUAGAUCCGAGCUAAAUAAUAGUCUUAUCAAUGGGCAACUGACGGAUGGAUAUUUACUUUACGUUUAUGGAAUUACACUUCUCAAACUUGAUCUAACUAAAGAUGCGAUUGAAGCUCUAGCUCGUAGUGUUCACUUCGAGCCCUUGAACUGGGCUUCUUGGCAACAAUUAGCAGUGAUCAUUGAUGAUAAAUCGAAAUUAGAGCGACUCGAUAUUCCAACCCACUGGUUUAAAAAGUUUUUCCUCGGAGCCGUUUACUUGGAAUUACAAUUAAACGAGGAAGCUAUUGAUCUCUACUCUUCUCUUCUGGAGACUUUUAAAGGAUCGAGUUAUAUAAGAAGUCAAAUGGCUAAUGCUAAGCACAACUUGAGAAAUGUUGAUCAAGCUAUUGAUCUUUUCGAUGCCAUAAGAGAAUCUGAUCCAUAUCGACUUGAUGCUUGGGAUAUUUACAGUAAUUUGCUUUACGUUAAAGACCUCAGACCAAAGCUCAGUUCAUUAGCUCAGGCUGCUAAUAACAUCGAUCCAUUCAGAGUGGAAACUUGUUUUUGUAUCGCCAACUUUUUCAGUCUUCGUGGACAACAUAAUAAAGCGGCCGUUUAUUUUUCUCGUGCCUUACAAUUGAAUCCUCGUCACAUCUCAGCCUGGACAUUAAUGGGCCAUGAGUAUAUGGAAAUUAAGAAUACAGGAGGAGCCAUAAUGUCUUAUCGAUCAGCAAUCGAAUGUAACAAGAAAGAUUAUCGAGCUUGGUAUGGACUUGGUCAAACUUACGAAAUUCUUAAAAUGCCAGCUUAUUGUCUCUAUUAUUAUUCGAUUGCUCGCUCAUUACGACCAGAUGAUUCUCGUAUGCUCAUAGCAAUGGGAGAAACUUUGGAAAAAUUGGAAAGACAUUCAGAAGCAAUUAAAUGUUAUUGGAAAGCGGGAGGAAUCGCCUUAGUUAAACUUGCAGCUCUUUAUGAGAAACUCAGUGAAAAGGAUAAAGCGGCCGCCGCUUACAGUGAUUUCAUCGCUCAAACCGCCAACAUGCCAAAUCCAGAGGGUAAUCCUGAUCUUCCAAAUGCUUACAAAUUCUUAGCAAAUUAUUAUCUAUCGAAAAAAGAUUUCAAAAUGGCUCAUAAUGCUGCUCAACAGUGUCAACAAUAUUCUGAAACUCGAGAUGAAGGUAAACGAAUCCUAAAGGAAAUCGCAAGUCUCGUUAAAAGUGGUUCGAUUAAAGAUGUUUCAUUUCCUUUGUAAUUUUCCAUCAACAAUUUAAUCAAAUUAAAAGUAUUUUUAAAAGAA